AAUUGCAAAUACUCAACUGGCACAAUUGCAACUUAGACACCGUAGUAAACGCGGAUACGAAUUUACUUAGAGACUUCGAAAUGCUGCAUCAAUCUAAGCGCACGCGUUGCGCACGGCCGCGGACGUUAACCGCGUUUAUUUUUAUAGCCUUCUGCUGCAUUGAUGCGUCCAGCGGGUAUGGCCAUUACGGCGGUGGUGGCGGUUAUGGCGGCGGCGGAGGUGGUGGCGGUGGUGCAGGCGCAAGUAGUUCCGCCUCCGCAAGUGCAAGCAGUUUUGCCUCAGCUGGUGCUGGAGGGCACGGUGGUAGCUGGGCGAGUGAUAACACAAUUGGUGGCGGUGGCGCUUCCAGCGGCGUUGUUAGCAAUCCAUUUUUGACAGGUAAAGGUGCGGGAAGCCCCGGCGGCCUAACAAUAUCAAUUAACAGAGAGGGCAGCGGAUUAAUAAGUGGUUUGCUCAAUGGCUUAGGAAAAUUACAUGGCGGUGUUAUUGGUGCACUUGGCGGUGGAGGUGCAGGUGCAGGUGGCGGUGGAGCUGGUGGAGGUGGAGGCGGUGCUGGUGGAGGUGGCGGAGGUGGCGGUGCAGGUGGCGGCGGUGGUGGUGGUGGUGCAGGUGGUGGCGCUGGAGCCGGUGGUGGCGCUGGAGCCGGUGGAUUUGGUGGUUUCGGUUCAGGCUGUGCAAACGGAAGAUGCGGUAGGCCAAACAGUGGCGGUUAUGGCAGUGGCGGUGGCGGCAGUGGCUGUAGUGGCCCAUCGUGUGGCAGUGGUGGUGGUGCUGGAAAACCCAUUUCACCGCCGAGCUCUAUUUAUCUACCGCCUGUACAAUCUCCUGGUGGACAAAGUGGAGGCUGUCAGAGUGGAAGUUGUGGACGACCUGGCUCGCCUGGUAGUCCAGGAGGAUUAGGUGGUCCCGGCGGUUUUGGCGGUUCUGGUGGAACUGGUGGUAUUGGAGGAGCUGGCGGAUUUGGAGGAUCUGGUGGUUUUGGAGGAUCCGGUGGACACGGAGGCAGUGGUGGAGCACCUGGCGCACCCGGCAGCCCAGGCGGUUCUGGAUAUCCAGGUGGUCCAGGAGGAUUAGGUGGUCCCGGCGGUUUUGGCGGUUCCGGUGGAACUGGAGGUAUUGGAGGGGCUGGUGGAUUUGGAGGAUCUGGUGGUUUUGGAGGAUCCGGUGGACACGGAGGCAGUGGUGGAGCACCUGGCGCACCCGGCAGCCCGGGCGUUUCUGGAUAUCCAGGUGGACCCGGAGGGGCCUCUGGUGGUUUUGGUGGUGCUGGUGGUCAUGGUUUUGCUGGUGGCGCUGGUAGUGCUGGCGGGCCUGGUAGUCCUGGCGGACCUGGUGGUCCUGGUGCACCUGGUAGUUCUGGUGGUCCUGGCGGUUCUGGUGGCCCUGGAGGUUCUGGUGGCUAUGGUGGUAAAGGUGGUUACGGUGGCGCUGGCGGAAUUGGCGGUGGAGGACACGGUUCUGGAUUCCCAGGCGGUUCUGGUAGCCCUGGUAGUUCUGGGGGUCAAGGUUUUCCUGGAGGACCUGGUGGUUCAGGUAGUCCCGGCGGCUUUGGAGGCUCUGGAGGACACGGGAGCUCUGGUGGUAGCGGUGGAUUUGGUGGUAGUGGCGGAUUUGGUGGUAGUGGCGGAUUUGGUGGUAGUGGCGGAUUCGGAGGCUCAGGUGGACACGGUGGAGGCAGCCCUGGUGCUCCAGAAGGACCCGGAUAUCCGGGCGGCCCUGGCAGCCCUGGUGGUUCAGGUUAUCCUGGUGGCUUAGGCGGUCCAGGUAGCCCUGGUGGACCUGGUGGCUUAGGCGGUCCAGGUGGCUCUGGUGGUCUUGGCGGCUCAGGCGGGCAUGGUGGUUCAGGUGGUUUUGGUGGUAGCGGCGGUGGUGGCGCUGAACCUGGCACGCCAGGUGGACCGCCGAGUUUUGGCUGGACAGGUGAAUUAGGAGGGCCACAAGUUCCAGGUUCAGGUGGUACUGGUUGUACGAGUGGCAGUUGCGGUAGUUCGAAGCCUUAUGGUGGCAGUGGUGGCAAUGGCGGUAUCAUCUUUGGACUCUCUGGCUUGGACUCAGCAAGUGCUCACAGUGGAGCGAGCGCAUCAGCGAACGCAGGAGUAGGCAGCGGUAGUCAUGCAUUUGGACUGCCUGGUUCGGGCGGAGGAGGUGGUGGAGGCGGCUGUGGCAGUGGCAGCUGUGGUGGCGGCUGCGCUAGCGGCAAAUGUGGUGGGGGUGGCGGUGGUGGCGGCGGUAAAAGGGGCUAUGGCAGCUCGUGGAGUAACGCCGGCUCCUAUGCCAGCGCCUCAGCCAGCGCACACUCCAGCAGCUUUGCGGGAGGCUAUUAAGUAAAUGGGAAGACGUACUUAGCAAUAGUUGUAGUUUUACUGCUCAUUAUCGUUUGUAUGGAGGAAUGUACAACAUUUGUAAAUAUGUAUAAUAUUUAAUUAAGUAGCCAUAUGAUAAUAUAUAUAAUAUAUAUAUAAUAUAAACUUUUAAUAAAAUUAAUAACUUAACUAAUUGAAAA